AAUAUAUUCAAAUAUAAUUUUAGAUUGCGGUAGAGUAUAUAUCAAUAACCAAAUACUAAUUAACAAUGGUUAUAAAGCAAAUAUUGGAACAGCACCUUGGAAUGUUGGAAUAUAUAAAUUAAAUAAAAAAAAUUCCAAUUAUGACUUGAUUUGCGGAGGAUCAAUAAUUGCUCCAAAUUUAGUCAUUUCUGGGGCUACGUGUUUUUGGCAAAAAGGUAUGUUAUCUAAAAACAUAUCAAUAAACGACGGUCUAUACAAAAUUGCUGUUGGAAAAUAUGAUAGAAAUUUUAAUGUUAUUGACAAUGAUUUUACUAAAAUAAUUAAUGUAGAAAUGAUUCACCUGAAAGAUGGUUAUUAUGGAUUUCCUGGGUUUUAUGCUGAAGAUAUAGCUAUUAUUGUGUUACAUGACAGAGUUUCUUUUAGUAAUGGUGUAGCCCCUGUUUGUAUCGAUUGAAAUGGUAAAUACAAUGUAUCCAAUGGAGAUCCAGGAAAGGUCGGUUUGUAGUAUUGGAUGAUUGUAAACUCCGCCAGAAUAAUGGUUUAAAUAAAAAGAUUGUUGGUUGGGGAAGAACGGAAAAAGAUAUUUUAAGUCCAGUUUUAUUAGAAGCAUCAUUACCAUACAUCGACCGUGAUUCUUGCCGGAAUAUGUAUACAAACGGAUUUGAAUCAUAUGUGACUGUUGAUAAAUUUUGCGCUGGUUCUGCAUUGGUUUCAGGACAAGGGGUGAAUAAGGGAGACAGUGGUGCAGGCUUAUGCUUUGUACACUCUAAUUUUUAUUAUUUGACUGGUAUAGUCAAUAUGAAGGAUCCAAAUACAGAUAAAUCAAUCGCCGUUUUUACAGAAGUAAAGCAUCACAUUCAAUGGAUUCGUGAACUAUUCGACAAAUACAUUGGUCGGCUAACAAUGAAUUCAUGCGUUUUACCAACUGUCGAAGGAGUUGUAUAUUCUUAUGAAGGUUCCAAUGAAAUUUUAUCUCACGGGACAAUUAUUAAUCAUCAUCUUAUCGUUAUUGAGAACUGUGAACUUGGAUUUCAUAAGGCUUAUCCCAAUAGUUUUAGAUUUUGUCAGGAAAAUGGAAAAUGGAUAACGGUUUCUGAUAAAUUAUGUUUCAAAAUGUGUCCACCUCUACUAUCAGAUACUUUAGAUAUUAAAUGUACUCUUUAUGGUAAGUAUGCUGAUUGUUCAAAUUCAUCGAUGCCAGAUACAAUAGCAACACCAUCAUGUAAGCCAACAUACACUGCACCAAAUGAAAUAGAAGAGUUAUAUUGUCAAUCUAAUGGAACGUGGAAUAAACAACUAUUUAGAUGCAAUCCAUCAAUUUCGUGCAUUUUACCAACUGUUGAAGGAGUUGUAUAUUCUUAUGAAGGUUCUAAUGAAGUUUUAUCUAACGGGACAUUAAUUAAUCAUCAUUUUACUGUUAUUGAAAAUUGUGAAGUUGGAUAUCAUAAGGCUUAUCCCAAUGGUUAUGGGUUUUGUCAAGAGAAUGGAAAAUGGUUAUCGAACUCUGAUAAAUUGUGUUUAAAAAUGUGUCCACCUCUAGAAUCAGACAGUUUAAAUAUCAAAUGUAGUCAUAAUGGUAAAUAUGCGAAUUGUUCAAAUUUAUCGAUACCCAAUACAAUAGCAACACCAUCAUGUAAGCCAACAUACACUGCACCAAAUGGACAAGAUGAGACUCCGCUUGAAUUACUUUGUCAGCCUAAUGGGACGUGGAAUAAUAACCUGUAUAGAUGCAUUCCAUAUUGUGGUAGAGAAUAUAUCAAAAAUCAUGUAUUGAUCGUAAAUGGUGAAAAAGCACCUGUUGGAACAGCCCCUUGGAAUGUUGGAAUAUAUCAAUUAAACAAAAACAAUUCCAAUUAUGACUUGAUUUGUGGAGGAUCAAUUAUUGCUCCAAAUUUAGUGGUUUCUGCGGCUCAUUGUUUUUGGCAAAAAGGAAUGUUAUCUAAGAGAAUAUCAAUAAUCGAUGGUUUAUACAAAAUUUCUGUUGGAAAAUAUGACAGAAAUUUUACUGUUAUUGACAAUGACUUUACUCAAAUAAUAAAUGUUGUGAUGAUUCACCUGAAUGAAGAUUAUUAUGGACCUACUGGGUUUCAUGCCCAAGAUAUAGCUGUUAUUGUGUUACAAAGCAGAGUUUCUUUUAGUAAUGGUGUUUCACCGGUUUGUGUUGAUUGGAAUGGUAAAUACAAUGUAGUCAAUGGAGAUCGAGGGAAGAUUGUUGGUUGGGGAAGAACGGAAAAAGGUAUUUCAAGUCCUGUUUUAUUAGAAGCAUCUUUGCCAUACAUUGACCAUAGUACUUGUAGAGAUAUGUAUAGAAGCGGAUUUGAAUUAUUUGUGACUGUUGAUAAGUUUUGUGCUGGUUCUGCAUUAGUUUCAGGACAAGGGGUGAGUAAGGGAGACAGUGGUGCAGGCUUAUGCUUUGUACACUCUAAUUCUUAUUAUUUGACUGGGAUAGUCAGUAUAAAGGAUCCAAAUACACAUAAUUCAAUCGCCGUUUUUACAGAAGUAAAGCAUCACAUUCAAUGGAUUCGUGGACUGUAUAACAAAUAUAACUAAGAAGUAAGAACAAUACAAUUUUGGUAAUGUCAUAAAAAUAAUUUAUUUUAAUUGUAAUUGAAAUCAAUAUUUGUAUAAGUAGGUUUAAACUUACGUGUAACAAUUUUUAACAGUUCUUACAACUGUCCAUUUAAAUUAACAUAAUGGGUAUACGUAUUUCUUAAUACAUAAUUAGUUCCUAAGCAAUAUAUAUAUAUUUAUUUGACACAUAUUAAAAUUGAACAGCUUUUAGCAUAUACCAAUUUUUCUUUUUAC